GAGAGGUUAGUGGUUAGUGGUUAGUGGUUAGAAGUUAGAACUUAGAACGACAAAACGAAUCGUUUUAUACUCUGAGAGUGAGAAGUAGCGAAGCGAACAAAACGGAGUCUACACUACUGUAUGAAGCUUCCACCACCACCAUCGCCAUCUUCUUCUUCCACCAUCGCCUUGGAAUUAGGGUUUUGCAGAGCUUAAUUCUUCACUCACGAUGCAUUCGAGAUCUAAUAUUUUGCUUUUCUGAAAUUCCAAUUUUUCACUCAUCACAAUAUCGCAAUUGCUCCACUGCACUUUCGCCAACUGCCGAAAUUGACCAAAUUGGGCGAUAACUUAAUCCUUGAUUGCUUCCCAUUCUUAUUUGAAGGGUUUAUAUAAUGGCAACCACUGCUUGUUUCAUCAUUGUUAGCAGAAAUGAUAUUCCUAUUUAUGAAGCUGAAGUUGGAGUAGCUGCUAAAAGAGAGGAUGCUGCUCAGCUGCAUCAGUUUAUCCUGCAUGCUGCUCUCGAUAUUGUUCAGGACCUAGCAUGGACUACUAGCGCUAUGUACUUGAAAUCGGUAGACAGGUUUAAUGAUCUGGUGGUCUCAGUAUAUGUCACAGCUGGUCAUACCCGUUUUAUGUUGCUUCAUGACUCUCGUAAUGAUGAUGGCAUUAAGAGCUUCUUCCAAGAGGUACACGAACUUUACAUAAAGACACUUCUUAAUCCCCUGUACUUGCCUGGCUCCCGGAUCACAUCAUCACAUUUUGACACGAAAGUCCGAGCUCUUGCCCGAAAAUAUUUGUAGAGUCCACCAGCUAGCUCAUACAGCACUGAGUCUGGAUUUGAUCAAUUCUCUUUGUUAUCCCCUACAAGAUUUGGCAGAAAGGUUAGGUUUGGUGUUUGCCUGAAAUGUUUGUGUACACAAGUCAUUAGCGGAAGAUGGCUAUGUUUGUUGACAAAAGCUGUUGGAUCGCUAGUGUUACAAUUUGUAAUACAUACUAAUCAAUCUUGUAAUUUAUGAUCGAAUAUUUGUUUUUAAGUGGUAAAGGAUUAUAUUUAACACAUACAA